UCCAGACAGUCACAUAGGCGUCAUAAUUAAAUGGCCCAGGCACUCAGGAAGGCCGAGGACAGUGCCAGCAGCCCCCCCGCAGUGCCUGUCAACGAGGGAGUGCCAUCAGCCCCCCCAGUGCCUGUCAACGAGGGAGUGCCAUCAGCCCCCCCAGUGCCUGUCAACGGGGGAGUGCCAUCAGCCCACCCAGUGCCUGUCAACGGGGGAGUGCCAUCAGCCCCCCAGUGCCUGUCAACGGGGGAGUGCCAUCAGCCCCCCCAGUGCCUGUCAACGUGGGAGUGCCAUCAGCCCCCCCAGUGCCUGGCCACGGGGGAGUUCCAUCAGCCCCCCCAGUGCCUGUCAACGGGGGAGUGCCAUCAGCCCCCCCAGUGCCUGUCAACGGGGGAGUGCCAUCAGCCCCCCCAGUGCCUGUCAACGGGGGAGUGCCAUCAGCCCCCCCAGAGCCUGUCAACGAGGGAGUGCCAUCAGCCCACCCAGAGCCUGUCAACGGGGGAGUGCCAUCAGCCCCCCCAGAGCCUGUCAACGGGGAAGUGCCAUCAGCCCCCCCAGAGCCUGUCAACGGGGGAGUGCCAUCAGCCCACCCAGUGCCUGUCAACGGGGGAGUGCCAUCAGCCCACCCAGUGCCUGUCAACGGGGGAGUGCCAUCAGCCCCCCCAGUGCCUGUCAACGGGGGAGUGCCAUCAGCCCCCCCAGAGCCUGUCAACGGGGGAGUGCCAUCAGCCCCCCCAGUGCCUCUCAACGGGGGAGUGCCAGCAGCCCCCCCAGUGCCUGUCAACGGGGGAGUGCCAGCAGCCCCCCCAGUGCCUCUCAACGGGGGAGUGUCACCAGCCCCCAAUGCCAGCAGAGAGAGAGAGAGAGAGAGAGAGAGAGACUAUUUUUUUUCCGCCGAAGGGUCACUCUAUACCACCAGGGUCAUAAAACGCACCUACGCAUAUCUCCUACGAAAGCCUUGUCAACUAUAUGCAUGCACUUAUUAUAAUGUAUUGUCCGAGUGAUGGGAUGGCAUGACCUCUUAUACCUCUUGUAUUUCUCUUUGUAACAAUAAACUUCAAUCAUUCAACAAUAAACUAUCAAUCAAUCAA